AAAUUAGGUUUAUACAAUGUAGGUCUUGCAGCUUUUACAUCAACCCCGGAAACGGAAAUAUCAUAAGAGUGGGACUGUGCCAACAAGCUCAAUUAAAUAUUAGCAAAAUUUCAAGAUAUCUGGCGGGGUUGCUGCUUUCACAAAUCGAAGACUAUCCUGAAUACCCAAAGAGUCCAGUAUGAAUGAUUUUGCAGUACUCGGCACCGGUCGGAAGAUGCCCCUCAUUGGACUGGGGACGUGGAAGAGUGAGCCCGGGAAGGUGAAGCAGGCGGUGAUCUGGGCUCUGCAGGCUGGCUACCGCCAUAUUGACUGUGCCUCCAUCUACGGCAAUGAGGCAGAGAUCGGAGAGGCUCUGCGUGAGGCACUGGGGCCAGACAAGGGUUUGAAGAGGGAGGACGUGUUUGUCACCUCCAAGCUGUGGAACAACAACCAUCACCCAGAGGAUGUGGAGCCGGCCCUGCAGAAGUCGCUGAAGGAGCUGGGGCUGGAUUACCUCGACCUCUACCUCAUCCACUGGCCCUACGCCUUCCAACGUGGCAAGGACAGCUUUCCCAGGACAGAAGAUGGAACGCUGCUCUACGAUGACAUCGAUUACAAGGUGACGUGGGCGGCCAUGGAACGCCUUGUGGGGAAAGGUCUGGUGAGGGCGAUUGGGCUCUCCAACUUCAACAGCCGCCAAAUCGAUGAUGUCCUCUCCGUCGCCAGCAUCAAGCCAAGUGUACUGCAGGUGGAGGGUCAUCCAUACCUGUCUCAGGCGGAGCUGCUGGCGCACUGCCGCGAGCGUGGCCUGGUGAUGACGGCCUACAGCCCGCUGGGUUCCCCCGACCGGUUCUGGAAGCACCCCGACGAGCCCGUGCUCCUGGACGAGCCGGUCAUCUCCGCCCUGGCUCAGAAGUACAAGAGGAGUCCCGCGCAAAUCAUCCUCCGGUGGCAGACCCAGCGAGGUGUGGUGACGAUACCCAAAAGUGUAACGCAGUCACGCAUCGAAGAGAACAUCCAGGUGUUCGAUUUCACUCUGGAAGCAGAGGAGGUGAAGAGUAUAAUGGCGCUGAAUAAAGGCUGGCGCUACAUUGUGCCUGUCAUCACAGUCGAUGGGAAGCCUGUUCCUAGAGAUGCUGGACAUCCUCACUACCCCUUCAGUGACCCCUACUGACCACUCUGUUACAUGCCUACAUUGUGCCUUUGGGACCACUCAUUGCUCCCCUCUUGUCAUUUAUAAAAAAAUAUAAUAAAGUUUCUGUUUUUUUCCCAAUACAA